AUGGAUCCCCGUGAUGAAAAUCAACAUCUUUUUUCUUUACCGACAACAGUUGCCGAAGGUCACCACCCGAAGCAAAGAUGCGGCAGUCCAAGCAUCAGUGGCGAGCGUUUCGUAUUCAGUAUCACGUUCAUACUGCUUCUGAUUCCUUUGAGUCUGAGCAUCCUACUACUGUAUAGUGAUGCCCACAAAUGGCUCUUGCCAGGGAACAUGUACAACUUUGUGAAUCAAUACCGGUCCUCGGUCCAAACAGCGGUCCAGGUUAUUUCCGCUACUUUGGCAGCCAUCGAGGUCUUUGCACUCUGUCGCCUAAUCAAUCUGGCAACCCGCAUUCACUUGAAAAGAGCUCCAGUGUCACUAAAUAUGCUUAGCUUCUGGUCGGCGCUUUCAACUUCUACAGCUAAUUGGAGCUUGCCUUUCUGGAUGAUCGUCGUGACUCUCCUGGUCGGUAAUUUGCAUACCGCUCUGACCGCAGUAUGGACUGGUGCUCUUACCCCAGUGAAUACCCUGAGCACCCAAAACACCACAAUACAAUUGCCUCACUGGUCUAACAAUAGCCUCGUCAAAGAAUACCCAAGUCAGAUUGAUCAGACGGGGCCGUCUGCUCGUAACAUUAAGGGCUACUUCACAUAUUCGGUUGGCCUAGGCCUUCUUGGGUCUCUGCUGGGGUCGGCUAAUUCAGCUUCUUCGACUGAUAGCAGCAUUCGCAAUCACAAUAAGCUGGAUAACACACGAUACAAUUUUCACGGCCGAUCAUAUGGAGCAGGUUCAAGUGCCGGUCUCACGGAUCAGUCUGUUCAUAAUAUACCACACGCAAUCAACUAUACCUAUAGCGAGAUGGCUCUCGCACCCUCUGUCUCCUGUAUUUACAACAGCAGCUCGGAAUAUGCCAUCGUCCAGCAAAGCGAAGACAAUGUAUAUGCCGCCUACGGAUAUCUCCCAGACAGCGCCAGCAGAGAAUGGUCCGAUUAUGUGGGUUUUGGAGCUGAUGCAAUUGUUGCAGUUGCCGUUUCACAUAGCCCUACCACGUGGUCAACAAUGCGAUAUCUGGCUAUUGCGGCGGGUAGAUAUUAUAAGAAUUUAGACAUGAUACAAUGCGCUGUGAGCUUUACUACGACACGGUUCAACGUCUCUGUCAACAUCAGUGAACGAAACAUCACUAUCCACAAUAUGACGGUUUCCGGUCACUCGGAAAACUCUAUCCCGGAUAUUGACCCGCACGGCAAUAUCACUCAUGUAGUGAUGCGUCAACUAGCGCUUAUUUCCGCUGACCAGACCAAUUUCUACCGCUCCACUGUUGGGGACGUCUUCAACGCUAGUAUUGGUGACUACCGAACCUCUGUCACAAACAACGCGACCACUGAGCGAUCAAUAUCGGACUCACAGAUUGCUCUGAAAGGGGUCGAGAACGCAGUGAUAUCUUUGGUCGACGACAUACUCGUUGCCUAUGCAUCUGCCCAGCUAAUGGUCAGUGGACUGACAGCUUCCGCGCCAGCGUUGGUGCAUGCCGAAGCCAUUCGUGUCGGAUCACGGGCCUAUAUAAUCGUAAUUUCAGUUAUCACCAUUGUGAUUGUGAUACUGGUAGCUGUCGAAGCUGUUCGCAUGCGAGGAUGGAGAGCGCUCCCGGCAUUUGAUUAUACGGAUACUCGAAUGCUAGUUGUUGCUACGUCAAGGGGGGGAAAUGGAAUCGCCGAACAUGUGGACCGUGAAGGAGACCCAGACUGGGGCUGUGUUCCAAUUUUGUGGAGUGGCUGGGCACUCCAUGACCAUGGAUCGAUUUCUGUCGGGACUUUGCGUAAGGAACCAGAAGCCCUAUUUCCGGUGAUUUAG